GCGGGUUCCUGGGUGACAAACGAGGAAGGCCCGGGUGUACGGCGGUAAGGAGAAGGAAGCUCAGGCUGUGUACCUUGCUGGUGAAUUAGAUGCCUAGCCGUGGCUAUGGCUACCAGCCUGGAUGCCGAUAUUGUUCGGGAGGUGUUAGAAUGCCCCAUCUGCAUGGAGACCUUCAACCAGACUGCAAUAAGACCGAAGCUCCUGCAGUGUGGACACACCAUAUGUAAGCAGUGUCUGGAAAAGCUGAUAGCCGAUAGCAUUAAUGGAGUACGUUGCCCCUUCUGCAGUAAAAUAACCAGGAUGAACAACCUGUCCCAGCUGUCAGACAAUCUGACGGUUUUAAAGAUUAUUGACUCAGCCAGCCUGAGCGAGGCGAUGUGCAUGGUCAUGUGCAAAGUCUGUCGCAAGAGGCUGCCUCGCAACUUCUGCCAGAAAUGCGGCCUGGUCCUCUGCGAGACCUGCAGGACUGACCAACACCAGGCGCAGGGGCACCCGGUCGUCACCAUCCGGGCCGCAGCCGAGCAGCGGCGGAAGGAGAUCGGGGCCAAGCUCGGUGGGCUGCGGGAAAUGCUGGCCGAUAUGCAGCGCAAGAAGGCAGCGGUGGAUGCUGUUGCGAAAAGCAUGCAGGCCAAGUACAAGGCCGUCCACCAGGAAUAUUCCCGGGCCGAGAGGAGGGUGCAGGAAGAGCUGGCCAAAUCCCGCAGGGCUUUCACCUCGGCUGUGUCGGAAGUGGAGAGGAUGAACAACCAAGUACUGGAGGAACAUGCCUACCUGAUCAACAUCGCGGAGGUGCAGAUUGUCUCUCGGUGCGAUUACCUCAGCACCAAAAUCAAGCAGGCAGACACUGCGCUUCUGGAGGAGGACGUCGACGAAGAAGAUCCUGAUCUGACUAACAACAUGCCUGCUCAGUUGACACUGCAGCAGCCGGAACUGGUUAAAAAGGAUCACCUGGAUCCCAUUGAAGUUGGUCAGCUUGAAUCGAGGCCUCACACAGUCACCAUCCAAGAAACGCUCAUGGAGACGUUCGCCCCCUCUGAGCUGGCCCAAGAGGUAGACUCUUCCAAAGAGAUGGCCAGCUUUCCAUCUCCAGCUUCUCCACCCAAAAGCAGGGUGCCUGAAAGCGUGGCCUCCGGGCCUCCGAGCUGCCAGCUCCUGAAGAAGAUCGGGUCACAUGGCAACCUGCCUGGGAUGUUCCACCUCCCGGUGAGCCUGUGCGUGACUGUGCAAGGGGAAGUGCUGGUGGCAGAUCGGGGCAACUUCCGGGUGCAGCUCUUCAACAGGAAAGGCUUCAUGAAGGAGAUUCGAAGAAGCCCAAACAGUAUCGACAACUUUGUUCUGAGUUUUCUUGGCGCUGAGCUCCCCAACCUGAUACCACUUUCUGUGGCUGUGAAUAGCAGCGGCUUAAUUGGCAUCACAGAUAACUAUGACAACUCUGUCAAGAUCUACACGACUGGGGGCCAGUGUGUGGCCUGUCACAGGAACCAGCUGACAAAGCCCUGGGGCAUUGCAGCAAUGCCGUCGGGGCAGUUUGUGGUGACAGAUGUGGAAGGCGGGAAGCUGUGGUGCCUAACAGUUGACCGUAACGUUGGCGUGGUAAACUACUCCCGGCUGUGCGGCGCGGUCAGGCCCAAGUUCGUGACCUGUGAUGCCAACGGCAGCAUCUACUUCACCCAGGGCCUGGGCCUGAACUUAGAGAACAGUCAGAACGAGCACCACUUGGAGGGCGGCUUCUCCAUUGGCUCCGUCAACUCGGAGGGGCAGCUCAGCCGACAGUACAGCCACUUCUUCGCCGAGAACGAAGACUUCCGCUGCAUCGCGGGGAUGUGCGUCGACACGGGUGGGAACCUCAUCGUUGCUGACAGCGGACGCAAGGAGAUCCUCCUCUUUCCCAAGGAGGGUGGGUUUGUCAGCCUGUUGCGGGAAGGCCUGGUGUGUCCAGUUGGUGUGGCUGUGUCAGCAAAGGGCCAGCUUCUGGUGUUGGACUGCUGGGAUCACUGCAUUAAGAUCUACAGCUAUCAUGCAAGGCGGCAGAUUGUAAACUGAUCUCCAAAAGGCAAGUGAGCUCGUUCCUGUCAGCGGAGCAAUCAACUGUUUUAGACUUGGUCUCCUUGUCCUUGUGAAAUGGAGACCUCACUGACGAUAACAAUAUCUAAUUAAGAUCUGACCAUGAAACUAACUCUUCUGCAUGCUGGAAAGCAUAUUAAAUAGACCACUCUGGCACAUGGUCACGGCAAACGGUCAGAUCAUUUGAUCUGCAGUUUGUAAAACAGUACUUGAAGUUACCUUGCUUCACAGUGAAUGCCACUUUAAUAAAGCGUUUUAGAAAAUUAAAUUAGUUUUUUUUUAAUACUGCAUUCUGGAACAGUAAUGAUAAUCUCAAAAGAAAAAUUUGCAAAAUGUUUUCUUGUUUCAUUUCUUGAGCACCCUAAUGCAUUGAAAGUAUGGUUGGCGUUCUUGGCCCAAAACAUUGAUUGUUUAAUCCCCUCCAUAGGUUCUGCUGAAUUCCUCCAGCAUUUUGUUUGUGUUUCAGAAUGGUUGUGUUUAGACAACAGCCAGUUUUGAGGCUGUCACUUCAGCUAAGUUAAUAAGAUGUUUUGUUGACAGACUGAUAAGGAAAGUGGAGUUUCUUUUAAAUAAAGCAGUUACUCUCUCAAGCCUAUUUUUGUGUAUCUGGUGUAAACUGAUGCGGCACAGAAGUGCUCUGCAGAUAGG